UAAGCAACCAACGAAAAAUUUCUUUAUAUAUAUUUUCUUCAAUCAAAUUUUCAAAUAACGCCGUCCAUAGAAAUUACGGAGAGUCCUUAUAAAAGAUAUCAUGGCGUUGAAGAUGAACCACAACCAGAACCAGAUCAAUACAAACUUCGCCCAGAAGUACGUGGGCAGGAUGGUCGAACCCAUUUCCCCGGUGCCGCACAUGUCGUCGGCAACUCUACGAGUUCGUCGGGCUGUCGUCGAAUCCUAUCGAGGUCCUCAAAUCGCUCCCGAUGAUGCCAUGCUGCCGAUGCCGCCGCACAACAAGGAUCAGAACAUGGGUGAGAUUCUGCAGGAUCUUCGAAAAAGACUGACGGUUCCGAAGUUCUGGCAACGAGCCUUGCGCCUGCUGAAGAAACGGGUCUAGUUUAGUUAUAUAUUUAAUCGUAUAUAUAUCAACUAUGCUAGACUGGUAGAUCCAAGUCAUAUCUAUACUCCGCCUUAUCCUCUCGCUCAAUCGCUAAAUCCCUAUACAUAAGUUUUAAUUGUAUUCGAUUUUAGGUUCCACAAAUGAUUGUAAUUGCAAAAAAAUCGAUCACAAAUGUACGUACUCUUUGCUCCUAAGUUAUUUUAAAUAUAAACUCUGAAAUGGCUCAUUAA